ACUCCGUACUUCGAUUGAGAGGAGAGAGACGCACAGUAGUUAACUGGAAGAAUGGCCGGCAAAACAGCCACGCCGGCGACUGGGUUAUACGCGAAUGACGGUCAAAUCGGCGGUGGAACUGCCGUCCAGAUCACCGGCUUAACACAGUGGGAUUUAAAUAACUUCCGAAUUUCAGCCGUAAUCGAUCAUUUGAGCAUUCACUUUUCCAGCAACAUAAAAAACGACAAAGAGUUCGAAAAUCUCUGCCUCUCUCUGUCCAGAGGGAUUGAUUUUUGCAUAGCAAACAAUUAUGUUCCAAACAGAUUAUCUGCGUUACCUUCUCUAAUAAAGCAGAUGGGCCAAAUUAAAAAUGAUGCCUCAACGCAAGCAGCUAUUAUGGUCCUCAUGAUUUCUGUUAAGAGUGCUUGUCAGAAUGGGUGGUUUCCUGAUCAAGACUCUGCAGAGCUCUGCAAUCUUGCAAAAGAGGUUGCAAGCAAUUUUUGUAGUGCAUUAGAUUUCAGCACUGACCCAAACCCUUCUCACCCAGUUAUCUCAACAGUUAUGUCAAGAUUCUAUCCUAGAUUGAGAAUGGGUCAUAUAUUUGUUUUUCUUGAAAUAAAGCCUGGAUUUGAGGCUUAUGUCAGUGACUUCCAGAUAUCAAAGAAAAAGUGUGCCCCAGGAGAUAGGAUUAGGUUGUUAGUCGUCCAAAUGGAUAAUAUUGAAACAUCUUCCUGCCUUGUUACUCCUGCCAAAGUAAACUUUCUCUUGAACGGAAAGGGAGUGGAAAGGAGGACUAAUCUUUUUGUGGAUACGGGCCCUCAAGUUCCAACAGUUGUGACACGUUUGCUAAAGUAUGGAUCUAAUCUUCUUCAAGCUGUGGGUGAAUUUAAUGGUAAUUAUAUAAUAAUAGUUGCAUUCAUGAGUGAAGUGCCAAACCUUGAUAGUAACACCCUCCAGGACUACGAGCAGCAUGCUCCUGCAACUUUGGAUACAGAUUCUGAGGUAAUUGAAGGGUCAUCACGGAUAUCACUGAAUUGUCCUAUUAGCUUGGCACGUAUUAAAAUUCCAGUAAAAGGGAUUUCAUGCAAGCAUAUUCAGUGUUUUGAUUUAGACAACUUUGUGGAUAUGAACUCAAGAAGGCCGUCAUGGCGCUGCCCCCAUUGUAAUCAGCAUGUGUGCUUCUCUGAUAUACGUAUUGAUCAAAAAAUGGUUAAGAUUUUGAAAGAGGUCAGACCCAAUGUCUCCGACAUAAUUGUCUCAUCUGAUGGGUCAUGGAAUGCUGCGGCGGUGGGAAGUGAAGAAAAGACAGAGAAGCCAGAGAAUAAGACCUUAAAUACAGGACGGGACGAGUCUCCACAACCUGAAGAAAUACUAGAUCUUACUCUGACUGAUGAGCUGAUGGAUGUUUUUGAUGCUUCUGGAAGUGAAGACAGAAAACAUUUUUCUAUGGCUAAUACUCAUUCUACAUCAAUCAACCCUCAUCUGGCCAGCGCAAAUGAUGCCAAUCAAAUCAGGACCCUCACUGAGAGUGACGACUUCUGGUCUGGGGUGUAUAGGUCAAGUUUUGGUCAGGGUACAUUAGAUGUUCGAUCAAAUGCACAGACUGUCAGUCCCUCUGCAUCCACUUCAAAUCUAGCCAAUGUUGGGGCUUUCCAUCAUAAUGCUGCUGCUACAACUUCUGCACCACAGAUUGGAAUUCCUAUGCCCCAAUAUCAGCAGUAUCAACUUGGGAACUCCCCUGUUAUUAGCGACUAUGGUAGGCCCUCAGCAGUAAGCAGGCAUAUAACUAGAACGGCUAGUGCAGUUCAGGGUCUUCCUGCCAUAUCUUCUACUCCCAUCCUGCAACGGAGUUCUUCGGCAAAUGCAGCGAGCAGCCCCUUCACCCCAAAUGGUCUUUCUGCAGCUUCACAAGCCUCGCCUGCUACGUCUAACUUGACAUCAAAUCAUGCUAGUUCACAUCAGGUGCCACCAGGCUCAUAUUCAUCUACAUUGCCCCAGCAUCCCAGCACACAGGUGCCCAAUAUGUAUACAGUUUCAAAUGAACACCAAAGUUUUAGUCAGCCGACAAAUUUCAGGAUCCCUCGAGCAACGAGUAACUUUUCAUCUACGCUCCAGCCAUCUGUGCAACCUUCAACCAACGCAAUGCGUCAUCAGAGCCAUGCAGGAGUAGCUAGCACCCAACAUCUUAAUGUGCAUAGAACAGGUGUAGCUACUAGUAGCAACCAACAAGCUCAAUGGCAUACAACUGCAAAUAGAACUGGACAGAUGUCUGUUGGUGCAUCCCGAGCUGUCCCUUAUAACUCUGGGUCACAUAAUAUCCCUACUACGAUAGCUGAUCAAAGGGCCAGCGACAGGGCUACACCUCCACCACAGCCAGUCACAACUACUCAAGAUUCUGUAGAUCCAAAUUGGCGACCUCCUGGCCGGAUGCGUGGAGCAUUAUUAGGGCAGGCUUAUGAGGAUGCCAUGAACCAGUACAUCAUACAGCCCACUCAGCAAGCUCAAGCCCGACCAAUCUCAAAUCCCAUGGCUCUUCCAAACAUCCGGUCAACUUUACCGGCCUUUAUGGGUGGUGGAAAUGCUCAGGGUUUACGUGCUCCAAAUUUGACUUCUGCAGCUCCUGCUGGAAGGCCGGCAGGGACGGACUUAUAGCCCAGUGGCUCAACUUAGAUGCACUGACUUUCACAUACGGGUAGGUUGUGUAUUUGAAACCCCCCUCCUCUAAUUCUCUUCAUAUUAUGGAACAACAUUUAGUAUGCGAUGAAGUUUGCUGGAUGUGGCUGUGGAGGUUUUCUUGUGUACUAACUAACAUGCUCAUAUUUAGCGGAAAAUAGCUAGACUGAUGUUUGUUUUCCUAAUUUCUGCACAGUAAAAUAUUUUCAUCCGUGUCUCA